AUGUGGGCGCGAGCGAGGCAGGCGAGGACGUGGUGGGCGAGAUGGGUGGGCGACGCGGGCGCGAGGCACAUGGACGAGGGCGAGGGCGAGACGGGUAAUGUGGGUGAGGCAGAUAACGCAGCGACUGGAGGCGAGAAAGCGGCGGGGCAUGUACGAGGGGGGCAGGCUGGAGGUGAGACGGAUGGCGGCGGCGAGGGCGAGGUGACGGGCGAUGUCGAUGAAGUGGGUGACGCCGACGCAAACAUGAGCAACGCAGGGGCAGAUUGGCGACGCGGGGGCAACAGGGGUGAUGUGUACGAGGUGGGCGUAACUUGGAGUGAGAGAUGCGGGCGACUUGGGCGAUGUUGUGACGUCGGUGAAGCAUGGCAGGAGGGGGAUAUGGGCGAUGCGGACGAUGAGAGCAAGACAGGGGGCGCGGGCGCGGAGGACGAGGGCGAGGGCGCGGAGGACGAGGACGAGGGCGCGGAGGAUGAUGGGAGCGCGGCGCGGCCGCGAUGGGAAGGGUUUGAUGGGGGCGAGGGCGAGGGCGGGAGCAAGGGCGAGGUGGGUGACCCGGACGAGGACGAGGCGGGCGAGACAGACGAGGAUGACGCGGUCGAGUGGGAGGGGGGCGAGCGCGAGCGCAUGGCGCGCAGGGGCAUUGCCAGCGCGGGAGAGGGUGAGACAACGCAGGGAGCAGACGGGGCAGGGGAGGACUCACCAGGGGAGAUUGGGGCCACAGGAGCUCACCGGGACCCCACAGGCCUGCGCGAUGACGCCGCAUGGACGGAGGAUCAAGCGACGCGGGCGAGACGCGUGACGUGGGCGAGACGGGAGGUGCGCAGGACACGUGGCGCUGAAGCCAAUGCGGAGGUGGUGGUGGGCGACACGAGGCAGAUCCAAGGGAUAAGGCGGAGGGCAGGGGCGUGGUGGAGGAGGCUGAGCGCGGUGCGGGCGGAGGACGACAUAAGGCAGAGGAGGCGGAGGGAAAAGCGCGGGAAGAGGCAGAGGACAAGGGCCUGGCAGGGGCAAACCGGGGGAUGGCGAGGUGGUGAGACACGGACAAAGGGAAUGCGAGGGGCCGCAGGAGCUCACCGCGACCCCACAGUGCAGCUCCUGGGCUUGAGGACGGCUGUGCGCGCGCACGCGAUGACGCCACGCGGAUGGAGGGUGGAAGGCAAGUGGAGGAGGGGUGAGGAAAGACUGGAGAGGAGGAGGGAUGACCACGAGCAAGUGAUGCGCGAGACCCACGUUCGAAUCCGAACACUGCCCGAUCGGGAUGGAUUCCCGUAUUCUGCGGAUAAUCCGUGGAUCGAGCCUCAGACCCGCAAUAUUUUGGUCCCCUUGACCUGGAGCUGCUGGGAGCUGGAGCUGCAAAGAGCCGGAGCCGUUUGGCUCAUGAUCUCCGGCUCACGGCUCCAGAUCAUCGCGGGUUUACCUGCAAAUGGCGUACGUGAACAGCUCCAGCAACUGCAUUGGGGCUACGUGUGCACCAGGCGUUCGGGCGUUCAGAGAACAAUGUGGAAGACGAGGAGGGGAGAUGAGGGAAGGAAGGAGACACGCAUUGCCAUUUGGCGCCCGCGUCAUCCACCUCUGGAAGACCGAAUCCCUGCCGCUGAUAUCUUCGCACACCGACACCUCCGGCCUGUGCACUACCCCUCAGCCUCUGUCCCCCCACUCGCCAAUACACCUGCACCGUUCCAUCACCGACAGCCCGCGCCCACACAACAUGCGCUGGAACGCGCUCUCGGUACCAGCCCAACCUCGCCGUCAUCGCGCCGCCGCUCUCAAGCGCUCUUGACCGUGAUCACCGACCGCAGACCCGUUGGUGUCGGGGUGGUGGUUGCUUGGCGGUUCUUCCUUUUGAGAGGGGUGCAAGGGAUGAUUAAGAUGGCAUCUCCACGGCCCUGA